CGCCAUGUUUGUUUUUUUUGUUGCCUUUUAGUCAUAGCUAGCGAGGGACUCUCAGUAAGAUCUAAAUCAGUCUGACCGUUGUAAAUUAGUCGUUUUUUUUUUUAGCAUAUUCGUUUUUCUGUCAUUUUAAAAGCAGGAUGGAGUCUCGAUUUGCCAGGCUCCGUCAGCGGGAUAACAGUGUUGACAUGCUAAGGCUAAAGGUGUCCAGGAGACGGUCUCAGACCCAAAAGGAGAACCGCGACCGGGCCCUAAACACCAGGAGGCAGUUGGACAAGCUUCCCGAGCAGGACUGCUCUUCGUUGGAGACGUCUGUCAUGGCGAACCAAUCCACCGUUAAGGAUAAAGCACCGAAUGUAAAACAAUUGAAAAACUCGGCAGGUGAGGAACGUAUGAAGAUGCUUGCCCGCUACAAAGAGGCAAAAGAAUUACAAAAGGAGAAGGAGAAAAGAGAGAGGGAGAGGAAGGGUGUGUUUAAGGUGGGCCUCUACCACCAGCAGGCCUCCCAGCUCUUCUGCCCUCUGCCCCCGGUUUCAGCAGCCACUAGCAGAACCAAGAAAAACACAGGCCCCACUGCUGCUACAAAGAAAGUUGAGCCGGCUGGGAGGUUAACAAGGAGCAGAACAGCAGCUCUCAAACCCCCUCCAGCCCCUCCUGCCAGCAGGACCAGGGUUGCCAUAGUUGAACCGGUUCCAAGAGUCCCCAUUACCAGGUCCUCUACCAGGCCUCAGGCUGAAAAGGAGCCGACUGCAGGUGCCAGAGCCCUCAGGAACAGAUCAAACAUACAGCUCUCUGCAGUGCCCCCUGCUAGCAGAGGGAGGAACACUCUGAAGUCUCGUGACGUGCCGGAGGCUGUUUGCCCCCCCAGCCUUAGAGCCAGUGCAGAGGAGGAGAUGGAGCAGGACUCAGGAACAAGCGCCCCAGUCCCAAACCCUGCCCCUACCAAGGCCCAAACUCCUCCCCUGUCCUCCUUCGCCCCCCAGGACUUUGUGUUCCAGCCUCCAGUGGGCCUGUCCUCCUUCGCCCCCCAGGACUUUGUGUUCCAGCCUCCAGUGGGCCUGUCCUCCUUCCAGCCCAUGCCUCUUACACCCCGCUCUGCUGAAGCCUUCCUGGCCCCCAGUUGCACCUUCUCUUACCCACCGGUUCCCCUCUUCUCUCUUGACAACCUGGAUCCAGAGGCUGAGCUGAGCGCUCCUGCUGCCCCCAAGUCGCCUCUGCGCCCCCCGCCUCGUCCCUCUCCCUCCCUGGCCCCCCUGGCUCCAGCCAGCCCCCAGGAGCCCCAGCACAAUGUGGCAUACUUCAGGUCAGCUAUGGUCAGUGAGACAGACCGACUGUUUGGGCAGUGUCAACAGUGGGAACAGAGAGUGGACGACAACUCCAUCCCCGAAGAGAUGCGGGAUGGCAUGCGUACGGUCAUAGGCCAGGCUCGUCUCCUGAUGAAGGAGAGGUUCGGGCAGUUCCGGGGCCUGGUGGAUGACUGUGAGCUGAGCCGUGGGGAGAAGAUCACCACCUGCACCGACCUGCAGGGCUUCUGGGACAUGGUCUACUACCAGGUGGAGGAUGUAAACAGGAAGUUCGGUGCUCUGUCAGAGGCGGAGUCUCGAGGCUGGCUGGAGGAGCACAAGCCCCCGCCCAGACAGAAGAAGAUGGUCAAGAAGCCGCCUCCAUCGGCGCCCUCUAAGCCCAACGCCGGCCCGGGGGCCAACGUGGCGGCCAAGUCUCGCCUGGCUGCCAUCAAGGCUGCGAUGAAGGCCAGACAGCAGGCCGCCGAGGCUGAGAAGGCAGACCAGGCCGAGGCCAUAGGCAGCGCUGAGGACCAGCCGGCCCUGGAGCCUCCGCACCGGCAGGACCAGGCUCCUGAGACGCUGGUGUUCAAUGGAGGCUUCUUCCAGGUGGAGAGCCCGGCCAAACUCACUGGUCCCGUGCGCAGGUCGUCACGUCUGAUUGGUGCUGUGCUACCCCAGCCCUCCCCCUGCCAGGGCUCCAGCCUAUCCACACCCGGCAGGACACGAUCCUCCUGCACUGCCUCCCCUCUGGCCCUCCCUCCCCGCUGCACCCCAGCACGCACCCCUGCCUGCCUCAAACUCACCCUAUCACACACCACCAGACCCCAGAGCCACACCCCCAGACCCCAGAGCCACACCCCCAGACCCCAGGCCUGCACCCCACAGUCCAGUGUCCAUGAUCCAGCCAGAGGAUCUCUCUGCUUCUCACCUCUCAUAGAGGCUCCUCCUUACAAGCAGGACGAGGUUGUUCCUGACCAACCAGAGUGUGGGCAGAUGCAAGAUCACAUUGCUUGCAACCAAUCCGAGGUGAAUACCGAGGCGUCUGAGCACAUCGGCCAACCACAGCUGGCCGUUGAUGUUCCACCCCAAAUCCUCAGCCAGUCAAUGCAGGCCGUAGAGCCCCAGGAAUUAGACGGCCUUGCUGUGUCAGAGGAGGUCAGCCCUGUCCCGUCCACCCCUGCACGCCAGGGAAGAGCAGCAUCACCAGAGGCCUGUGAUAGCAGCGUGCCCCUCAUCACCAGCCUGUACCCCAGUCUGCCCCUCUCUCCCCCCAACCUCCCCCUCUCUCCCCCCAGCCACAGAGCCGACUCACCCCCCUCCUCCCCAACCAACAGCCCCGCUCUGAGCUUCAGCCUCUCCCCCUGCUCACUUCACACCCCAGCCAGGGUGGAGUCCAGCCUCCUCCCCCUCUCCUCCCCCAGCCCAAUGUCCUCCUCCCCCCCUGCCAUCCAGAUCUCCUCUCCAGCCCUACUCAGCAGUCCUGGUGCCUGUGGCAGUCCCCUGCACAACGACUCCAUCUCUGAGCAGGGUGUUCCACAGUUGGACUUUGAGCGCUACCUCCAACCAGCUCCCAGGCCCAGCCUCUCACCCCAGGCAGCACCUGGCUCAGAGAUGUCCUCUCCCACCGUGGACGUUGAGAUGGACAGUCCAGGGGCACAGCCCGGAGAUCACUCUCAGGAUGGACUCACCCCCAUAGCCUUCCCUCGCAUCGCACAAACCUUCACUCCUCGGACACCACAGGCAGCGGAGCACCUGUUGUUCUUCAGCCCCGCCCCCAGGGAGAGGCUCCGCCAGUCCGUUUGUCCCAGUGACCUCAUGGUCUUCACUCCUCCCAGUGACAGAUGAGAGCUCCAUGUGCUUUUGGUUCCACAGCCUGUUGGCUACAUAGGCCUUUGGUACAGGAAGGAAGUGGCCCUGUCAAAUCACUGAUGUAAUUAUUUUCUAUCUAGUUUAGUCAUCUCGCUAUUUUAAAUUUUUUACGUAUUCUUCUGGUUACAUAGUUUUUUUUUUUCUUGUCUUGCAUUCUUAUGUCUUUUUCAACAUUUUAGAUGUUACUUGUUGUGCUGAUAAUCAGAAGAUAACCGUUUUUCAGCUCUUCUUUGAGACCUGUUUUGUGGAUUUUCUUCAUUUUCACCAGUGGGAAAGUACUUUGGAAAUAAUGCUGGUUUUAUGUAUCCCUUUUAAAGAAAUUAGAGUUUUUACUGAGCUUGAUGAAGGCCAGAAGUACAGAGUGUUAUGGUUCAAUAGUUCUGUAAAUAAAGUUUUCAAA